AUGGCUGCGAGAGUACUUUUCCAGAGGCGCGCUGCGCCGUUAGGUGCGAUGGUCCUCGGAGGCAUCGCCCUGGCCCCUUCUACUGUCCUCGCCGAAGCCCCGGAGAGCCGUCAGAGCAAGAAGAAGUCCAUCUACGACGACUUCGAGCUUCCCGCGACAACGAGCGAGACCGUCGUCGCGCCCCUCCUCGUCCGGCCUACCACAACCGCCGCGUCUCGCCCCGAACAAGACGAGGCGCCCAAGUCCCGCGGCCCUACCCCGACCGACAGGCUGGCCGUCCAGAUCGGUAAGGCCCGUCUCGGUCUCUACCAGGUCGCCCUCGGCGCCGAGGACGCCGUCAACCGCACCAUGGACCGCGCCUUCAACCUCGAGCAGUCCUUCACCAACACGGUCGCCUCGCUCGCCCCGCCCCGCGAGAGCGGCGAGAAGCUCAUGCCCGGCGCCAUCUACGUCCUCGUCGCCGCCAUGGCCGGCAGCAUCGUCACCCGCCGCAGCAACAUUCUCUUCCGCGCCACGGCGCCCCUCGCCCUGGGCAUCGCCGCCGGCUGGACCGUCCUGCCCCUCACCACCGGCAACGUCGCCAACCUGGCCUGGAAGUACGAGCAGCGCUUCCCCGUCGUCGCCGAGAGCCACCUCAAGGUCCGCGACGGCAUCAGCAGGACCAUCAGCUUUGCCAAGGUCCACAGCGAGCUGGGCGUGCACUACGUGAACGAGAAGGUCACGGAUGCGCGGGAGACGGUCGAGGACUGGGUCAAGAAGGGAAAAUAA